AUGGAUAACAAACCAACAUGCAAAUGGUCUGAAACUGGCCAUUUAAAUAAUCCACGACUUUAUCACGCGGCAAGUUUGCUAUUAGAUAGAAAUGUGUUAGUUACUGGUGGAGAAGGUUAUGACGUUUGUUCCACUGCAGAACUUUAUGAUCCAAUAUCAAGAAACUGGACAAAGUCUUACGACAUGAGAUAUUGUCGAUGGUUUCAUACAGCAACUACAUUAAAGAACGGGAAAGUUCUAAUUGCUGGAGGAGCUGCUGGAGAACCAGAACCUUUGGGUAAUGUUAAAUACGUUUUAAAUCAGGCUGAAAUGUAUGAGACAUCAACAGGAUAUUGGUUCCAUACCACUAGCAUGAAUAUCGAACGGUACUUUCAUACAGCAUCCUUAUUACAAAAUGGAAAUGUUUUAGUUGUAGGUGGAUCCGAUGAUGCACCCAACAGUGCUGAA